AUGAAUCAACGAGACACGGUCAAGAUCCUCCCGGAAGAACCCGACGACGUCUGGUUCGUCUACAACCUCAUCUCCCCCGGUGACGUCAUCAUCGCCACCACCACCCGCAACGUCAAAUACAGCUCCCGGGUGAGGCUCAGCCUCGAAAUCUCGAUCACCGGCGUCAACUACCACAGGGACUCGUCCACCCUGCGCGUGCAUGGCACGACCCUCAACACCAACCAGCACGUCAAGAAGGGUUUGUUCCACACCGUCGAGAUCGAGCUCAACAAAGAGUUCGAGAUUUACAAGGAAGUCUGGGACAAACUCUCAAUCGAGAAACUCCGGCUAGGGUUCAAAAACGCAGCCGGAGCUGACCUCGCCGUGGUUCUUCUGCAGCCGACGGGGUUCGCCCAAGUGUACUUGGUGGUUGCUAGACAGACCAAGCUGUGCGCUAGGGUCGAGACUCACUCAAACCCUAACAAGUACUUCGAGAACAUUUUCCGGGCUUUCGUCAAGCACGUCGACCGGAGCGUCGUACGGUGCGUCGUGAUAGGGAGUGAGGGAAACGCCAAGGACGAGUUCCGUCGAUUCAUGAUAGCGGAGGCGAAUAGGUUGAAGGUGAAGUCAGUAGAGAACAACAAGCAACUCAUUGUGGUGUUCAACACGAGGAACAAAGGGAGAGACGGCAACUUUAGCUUGCAUGAGGCUUUGCAUGAUGGUACAGUGAUGAACUUGAUCAAGGACACCAAGGCUGUGAUGGAGAUCAAGGCGUUUAAGGAGUUUUCGGAUUUGCUAACGACGGAUUUGGAUCGAGUGUGUUAUGGUGCCAAGAAUGUGGAGAUGGCGCACGAGUUGAAGGCCAUUGAGACGCUCUUGAUUACCGAUGAUUGUAUGAUAGUGUAG